GGUGAUGCCAUGACUGCUAGUGAAAUGGACUUAGGGUGGGCUGUGCAAAGCCACCAGGCUCACUUUCUCCUUUGGAGCCACAGUCAAUUUUUCAGUAAACCAACAAUUCAUCAAAGUACCUGUAUGGCCUAAGCAAAGAAAACAGGGGUCCUGCUGACAAGAGGGGUCCUUUCCUGAAGGAAGGCAAUAUUCAGACAACAUACGCCUGCAUCACAGUGUCUCCUUAUAGCUCCGGCUUUAGAACAGAAAAGAACAGAAGAGCUUCCCAAAUGGAGAGAGACGAUAUAGUAGGACUGAUGGGACAAAGGGAGCCCCAGCCACAUAGUCAUUCCAAAUGUUUUCACUUGCCCAAGGUGACAGUGUUAGCUUCUGGAUUGUGUCGUUGGCUCGGCAGGUCUCCAGUACAAUACGUCCAGGUGCCAGUAAUAUUCUGACUGAAACAGAGAUUACUUCAGUCUGUGUGACAAGCAGCCAAUCGGAAGGCUCCUUUUCCGGCAGUUCUGCGAAACUCAGCGUGAGCUGGAGUGUUGUAUUAGGUUCCUUGACUCUGUGGCAGAGUAUGAAAUUACACCAGAUGAAAAACUGGGAGAGAAAGGGAAGGAAAUCGUGAUGAAAUACCUCACCCCAGAGUCCCCAGCAUAUGUCACUGAAGUCAGCCAAGACCUAAUCCACCAAACGGAGGAGAAACUUGAACUGAGACCCUGCAAAGAACUCUUUUCUCACUGUGCAAAAUCUGUCCUUGACUACCUAAGUGGAGAACCUUUUCAAGAAUACCUGGAUAGCAUGUAUUUUGACAGGUUUCUCCAGUGGAAGUGGUUGGAAAGACAACCAGUGACCAAAAACACUUUCAGGCAAUAUCGAGUGCUAGGCAAAGGAGGCUUCGGGGAGGUCUGUGCUUGUCAGGUGCGGGCUACUGGGAAAAUGUACGCCUGUAAGCGGCUGGAGAAGAAGAGGAUAAAGAAGAGAAAAGGAGAGUCCAUGGCGCUCAAUGAGAAGCAGAUUUUAGAAAAAGUCAACAGCCAGUUUGUUGUCAACUUAGCCUAUGCCUAUGAAACAAAGGAUGCAUUAUGCUUGGUUCUGACCAUCAUGAAUGGGGGUGACCUGAAGUUCCACAUCUACAACAUGGGAAACCCAGGCUUCGAGGAAGAGAGAGCCUUGUUUUAUGCGGCAGAGAUCCUUUGUGGCUUGGAAGAUCUUCACAGAGAAAAUACUGUAUACAGGGAUCUGAAACCAGAAAAUAUCCUGUUAGACGAUUACGGCCAUAUCAGAAUAUCUGAUUUGGGUCUAGCUGUGAAGAUUCCUGAAGGAGACUUGAUUCGGGGCAGGGUAGGAACAGUAGGAUAUAUGGCUCCAGAGGUCUUGAACAACCAGAGGUAUGGUCUGAGUCCAGACUACUGGGGCCUGGGCUGCCUCAUUUUUGAGAUGAUUGCUGGCCAGUCACCCUUCCGAGGGAGGAAAGAGAAAGUGAAGCGUGAAGAGGUAGACAGGAGAGUCCUAGAGACAGAAGAAGUGUACUCUCACAAAUUUUCUGAUGAAGCCAAGUCAAUCUGUAAAAUGCUACUAGCCAAAGAUGCGAAACAGAGGCUGGGCUGUCGAGAGGAGGGCGCUAUGGAAGUGAAGAGACACCCGUUUUUCAGGAACAUGGAUUUCAAGCGACUAGAAGCAGGGAUGUUGGACCCUCCCUUUGUACCAGACCCCCGGGCCGUGUACUGUAAGGACGUAUUGGACAUUGAGCAGUUCUCCACAGUGAAAGGCGUCAACCUGGACCACACAGACGACGAUUUCUAUUCCAAGUUCUCCACAGGAUCCGUAUCGAUUCCAUGGCAAAAUGAGAUGAUAGAAACUGAAUGUUUCAAGGAGUUGAAUGUGUUUGGACCCAACGGUACUCUUUCACCCGACCUGAAUCGGAGCUACCCUCCUGAACCGCCAAAGAAAGGCUUACUACAUCGAAUAUUCAAGCGUCAGCAUCAGAACAACUCCAAGAGUACUACUAAUUCCAAGGCGAAUUUCAACCACCACAUCAACUCCAACCAUGUACGUUCAAACUCUACUGGAAGCAGCUAGUCCCAGCUCAAAUCUGGGAGUUUUAAAUGGGGCCACACCCUAGUCCUUCCACUUUAGAAACAGAGCUCCUGCCAACAAGAGCCACCACUGUCACUGAGUUAAGCCAAUGCUUCCGCCCCUCCAAAAGCCAGUAGAAGGCCCUGUCCGAACAUUGGAAGUAGAGCCUCCAAUUUUCCUGAAGAAAUCCCCACUCAGGUCUGUUUUUCUGGAGGGGGCUCUUGGACAGCUGGUGUGAUGGCACUUGGUCUCUGUAGAACGUUGCAAUAGAAAUCCAACAGAUAAUACAACUUGCACGUAUUUAAAUAGCAUCAUACCUAGAACUGAAUUUUGUCCUUAUUAUUUUUAAAGAAAAGUUUUGUAAAUUUCUCUAUUGUCUCAGUUUACAUUUUGUACAUUUGUAUUUAAAUGAAAGUCAGACUUUGAGGGUGUAUAUUUUCUGUGCAGCCGUUGUAAAGCCAUGUGUUUUAAGACAUUGAGGGGAGGGGGGGGAUUUUAAAAAUGUGACUCAAGACUUCCAGAGCCUCAAUUGAAAAAUUGUUGUUUUUAUUAACUGCAGAGAAUUACUCCAAUUUCACGUGAGCUAGUGGAUUAUAUUUCCAUACAUGCAUUUUAUGGCACAAUUUAUUCUUAACUAACUUACAUUUGUUUGUAUAUUUGAUUUAUAGCAACACUGCUUACAAUCUCCCUGUUAGUUUGUAAUGUCUUGUACUAAAUGCUAAAAAAAAAAAAAGGAAAAGGGAAAAAAAGGGCACACUUGUGACUUAACUCAAUUUGAGAAUUUCCUCCAUGUGAGGCUGGGACCUGCUGGCACCAUUGAAUUUAACACCAGGUUUUUUUUUUCAUAGAUCAUCAAAAUAUUUGUGGUGUGAUUCAGGGUCUUGUUUUCCAUUCUCCAUCCCCUUUUCACAUUAGAAAUAGUCUCCAGGAAGAAGAAGCAUGGGCAGGUCCUAGAAGACUUUGGGCCAUUGGUCCCUGGGCAGAGACUAUUGUCUUUCCUAUCUAGUGUGUCCUGACCUCUUGUUUCCAUGCAUUUCUCUAAAGUUUAGGGUUGUUUUUUUUAAAGAGCAAAAUGUAAGAAUGAUGAGAAUGAAAGGCAAUCCCAAGUGUCUUAAACUUUUGCAGACAAAAAGAAGCCUAGAUAUAGGAGAAGUCGGUAUGAGCUCUAAUGUUUGGUCAAGAAUGAUAAAAACAAGAAGGAAAAUUUCCUGAGAUUUUUCUGUGCCUCUGCAUGUAACAGAGAUUCCUUCUGAGGCAUCCUAGAGAGAAGGAACAUAGUAGUACAGAACAGAAAAAAAUUAAAUUAGGCCUCUCAUGCAAAUCCUUCCUGGUUCCUGUGUGAAUAGCGAGUAAAAGCGUCUCUAGUUACAGAGCCCAGCAUAUGAGUAGGUUGGUAAGUAGUCAAAGAUCAGGCAGGGGUGGAUUUCCCUGGUUUCUCUGGUCCAGAGUUGGGUGGCCCAUGCAGAGAACCAGUGACCAAAAUGGUGGCAUGGUACUUGAAAGGUCAAACAAAGGCAAUUCUGACUUAAGAAAAUAAGUAAGGGGUGCCAGACACUCUUCCAAGGUCAGGACAGAGGUUUGAGCCAAAGAAGGCCCUUCUAAGAAUCUGAAAAUUCAAAUCAGAAAUGUAGGUUCAUUCCCAGCCAGGAUGAACCAAACCAAAAUGGGUAAAAGACCUCUGGAGACAAUCCCAAUGUCAAAGGAUCAUAAGAUAAUAGAUACAACUGGAAGAAACUUCAAAGGCCAUCUUAUCCCACCUCCUCAUUUUACAGAUGAGGAAACUGAGGUCUAGAGAUGUUAAGUAACCUGUCUAGGGUCAUACUUCCAUGUAAACAGUUUCAUCCCGAACACUGGGUUCCCCAGUCUCCCUUCUAAUGAAGAGACAUUGAACAAAUUAUCCCACUCUCAUCCUAGCACCCCAAGCGCUCCCACCCAAGUAAGGUGAGCAAUGGCUUCACCUGACUCCCCUUAAGGCGUGCCAGGAUUUGCUGCCAUCAUUUUGCAUGGCCUUCUGCACUUCUGGGCUAUGGUUUAGUGGAUUGCCAAUGUUUGGGGAGGAGACCACUCAGAACUUACUUUGCUUGGGUGAAUUAAAUAAUGGGGUGAGUUUUCAGGGAGAAACAUCUUGUGAGACUUAAAUUCACAACCUAAUUUCAUAAUCGUAGAAUGUUUGAAUUACAGGGAACUUUAGAUAUUCAACCCCUUCAUUUUAUAUAUGAGGAAAUUGAGACCCAGGGAUGCAAAGUUACUUGUCCCAAAUCGCACAACUAGCAAAUGGUAGAACCCCAUCCUUAGAUCCUGAACUUCAGUUAUGUGCCUUUUGGGAAGUACUCAUAUACUAGAAAGGGAAGUAGAAAAUUGAGCUGUAUAAUUUUGAGGUGGUUCUACAAAUAAAUGGGAGAAAAGAAAUAUUUUAAUUCCACUUAUAUGCCUUUAAUCUGUAGUAUUAAUUUCCUGGACUAGUUCUUGAACUAAUUGGCCAUCCCAUUUCUUUGGGUUAGGUUGGAGGUAGAUAGCACCAUCCACCUUUGCCAUUUUUGCCAAGGAAAUGGAAAUACCUUUGAAUAGCAGUAUUAAGGCCCAAAACUUUGCUGAUCUUCCCUUCUCAAUGACAGAAUGGAAGAUCAUUCUGUAGAAGGACCCAAAGGACCACCCUGCCUUCCUAACAUUAAUGGUUUCUCUCUAUUUACCCGAUCUAUUGGUAUUCAAAACUCUUUAGGUGGGUUAGUAUUGGGAGUAAAUGUUCAUGCUGUAAGGAGAAUGUAAUAGUUGUUUUCAGUGUCAAAACCCCACACUGAUUUUAAACCCCCUGGAGAACAUUCAAGAAAACUUUAAAUAUGGCUUCUACUGUUUUUCUUUUUCUAGUCCUUGGCUCACUUGGACUUUAUCAAAAACACAGGUCUCAACACUGAUUCCUAGAAAGACUUGAGGCUAUCCUUCUCUUGUUAUAACUGCCAUAAAUGUUCACGAGAGUUGCAGCUGAGGUUACUUUGCUGCUAAGCCCCCCAGAUCAUUUGAGCCAAAAGGCCAGUGCCUGGCUGUUACAAGAAAGCACCUCAUUAAAGCAAUGCCCAAGAGACUGUCCAUCUAUAUCACCAACCUCUUGAGUCAAUCAUCAGAAAGUCCUCCCCUCCAAGCUUCAUCUUCUACAUCUAUUUUAAGACCAAAAAAAAAAAGUAGUUAUUUGUGCAGACAUCUUUGGAUGAUCUGAGUUUAAAAAAAUUUUGAGCUCUAUGAAAAAGAAUUCCUCUUUAAGGAUGUGAUUUUGUGCACAAUUAGUCAAUUGACAUAGUGCCUUUUGGGUGAGACCCAAGGAGUGGGUCCCCAGUUGUACAAAACUUCUCUUUGCUUCUGUCUUCAGUAAGACAGUGGUUGUCCCUGAAAUCAUCAUCGUUAUGAUCCAUUAUUGAGUUUCCUCAAUGGUUCUGGAUAUUGAGGAGACAGCUUCCCCCUACACACACACACGUGCACACACACACACACACACACACACACACACACACACACACACACACACACAUACACCACCAGUCCCCAUGGAACUGACAUCCCAGGAGGCAGUUCCAAUAGUAGACAGGAACGUUCUUCCUGUUUUGUGUCCAUGAUCAAAGAAAAAUACUUUAAAAAAGAGAAUAAAUAUAUUAAGCACCUACUAUGUGCGAGGCAUUGUGCUAAGCACUUUAUAAAUAUUAUUUCAUUUGAUAAUAUAGAGUUACAGAACUCUGCCCAGAUUUCCCUUGACUCUAUGCCAUCUUCCACUGAGUUUUGAACAGCAGCAAGAAGGUGCCAUUUCCUUCUAAAAUGUAUUGCUCUUUGCCAGUAGGAAUCAUUCCUGGUUUUGUUCUGGUUUGUCUUGUUUUGUUUUGUUUUGUUUGGGGGGGAGGGCUAGUUCUGCUGUUUAAACUAGAGCAGUCAAUAGCAUGAUUGAAUUAUAUCAACGCCUUACAGGGUAAUAAUUCAGGGACAGAUUUUGCCUCUGGUUCCAGAUAAAUGCACAUGGCUGACUCCACUGGCUUCAGCGGGUGCUGCUUGGGAGCAGAGUUUGCCCUCAGGUCCUUAAAAUUUCUGUUUGGGAUACUGAUUGUCUUGAGUGCCUCCCUGUGAAGACAAGUCAGUCUUUUAAGAGAGCAGAAGUUCCUAUGCUUUGCUUGCGUGAUUAUCAAGGAACAUCCACAGUGUUGAAACUCCUCUUCUUCCAUUCCCAUCCCCCUUUUCCUGAAGAAGUCACAUCAUUUCAAAUCUUUUCCUUUGCCGGCUGUUGGCCAGAUGUUUCAGCCAUGCCAGGACUCUUCUAGAGCAUGACUAAAUCAACAGAGUGAGCACACCUCUUGGACAGUUUCCCAUGGAGGCACAUCAGCUUUGGGUUGGGGCCAAGUCAACCUCCCUUGGCAAGCAGAAAAAGAAGAAUCAAAGUCUCUUGGCAAUCAGGUGGCCCCCAAGAAAUCUUCACCCACUAAUGAUAAAUAUAUAAUAUAUCCUGUCCAGGUAAUCUUUGUGCUUACAGCUCCCUCCUUACCACAUGGCUCCUGAGUGGGCUUCAGGAUGAAUAACUGAAUGUGUCUUCUUUGAGUUGCCAUUCUUUUUUAAUCUGGGACAUACUGGUGUGACUUUUAACAUUUUGGCCUUUGCUGAGGAAGGUGAAGGGCACACAGAUUUCUUUGUGCAGUUUCACAUUACAUAGUUCGGUCACAAGCAUCUCUCACCUGGUCAGAAGAAGCUGCCUUCACCAGCUUAAACAACCAGUCAGCCCACCCAAUUUAAACACCGACAUUGCAGAUU